GGGCGGGCUCGGCGUUCCCGGGUCGCGGCGCGGCGCCCGUUCGUGGAAGCCGCGCUGUGCCAGGUAGGAGACGCCGGAGACGGGGCGCGGCGCCCGCGAUCGCCCGCGCCAUGCAGCACCUGGCCACGGAGCUGCGGAUGCUGUCCCGGGAGCUUUCGCUCUGCCUGGAGCGCCAAGUGCGCGUCGGGUUCUUCGGCUCGGGCAUGGGCUUGUCCUUGAUCCUGGGCUUCAGCGUCGCCUACGCCUGUUACUACCUGAGCAGCAUAGCCAAGAAGCCCCGGCUAGUGACGGGAGGCGAAAGUUUCAGCCGCUUUCUCCAGGAGCACUGUCCCGUGGUGACGGAAACUUACUACCCCACGGUCUGGUGCUGGGAGAGCCGAGGACAGACGCUGCUGAGACCUUUCAUCACCGCCAAGCCCCCGGUGCGCUACAGGAAUGAACUUAUUAAAACUGCAGAUGGAGGACAGAUUUCUUUGGACUGGUUUGAUAAUGAUAACAGUGCGUAUUAUACAGAUGCCAGCACCAGACCCACCAUCUUAUUGCUCCCUGGACUCACUGGAACAAGCAAGGAAUCCUAUAUCCUUCAUAUGAUCCAUCUCAGUGAAGAAUUAGGAUACAGGUGUGUGGUUUUUAACAACAGAGGAGUGGCGGGAGAGAAUCUCUUGACACCGAGGACUUACUGCUGCGCCAACACUGAAGACUUGGAGACAGUGAUUCAGUACGUGCAUGGCCUGUGCCCCUCUGCUCCUUUCCUGGCAGCGGGGGUCUCAAUGGGAGGAAUGCUGCUUCUAAAUUACCUGGGCAAAAUUGGGCCCAAAACUCCUCUGAUGGGAGCCGCAACAUUUUCUGUGGGCUGGAACACUUUCGCCUGCUCAGAGUCCCUGGAGAAGCCCCUGAACUGGCUGCUUUUUAAUUACUACUUGACCACCUGCCUCCAGUCUUCGGUUAAUAAGCACCGGCAUAUGUUUGUAAAACAAAUUGAUAUGGACCACGUAAUGAAGGCUAAAUCUAUCAGAGAGUUUGAUAAGCGAUUCACUUCCGUCAUGUUUGGCUACCGAACAAUUGACGAUUAUUACACCGACGCUAGCCCUAAUCGCAGGCUGAACUCUGUCGGGAUCCCAGUGCUGUGUCUCAAUUCUGUGGAUGAUGUUUUCUCUCCCAGUCAUGCUAUCCCAGUAGAGACUGCUAAGAAGAACCCCAAUGUCGCCUUGGUCCUUACUUCCUGCGGAGGCCACAUUGGCUUUCUGGAGGGGAUCUGGCCCAGGCAGUGCACGUACAUGGACCGCGUCUUCAAACAAUUUGUGCAGGCCAUGGUGGAGCACGGGUGGGAGCUGGCCCGCACUUAGUACCGUCCAUCUGUCCUUCUGUCUGUCCUUGCGCACGCCAGGCACAGCGCUGGCUUCUCGACAGGAAGCAGCCUUGAGGACCAGGAGGAAGGCGGAAGCUGGUUUUUAGGGACACAAAACCACUUUGUAGCAAGACAUCAGCCCUAGUUUAGAUUGUUACUUAAGGGCCAGGGAUUUAGCUCAGUGGUUUUGCUGGCUGCCUCGAAAAGUACAAGGACCCCAGUUCAAUCCCUGGUAUCAAAAAAAAAAAAGAAAGAAACUUCUAGCAUCUUAGAUUGUUACUUAAGUAGAUUUUAUUUUUCCUAUGCCUUACCAAGUAUGACCUUAAAUAAAGUAGUCCUUCCACAGAUGGAAUUGCACUUAACCAAAACUAUCGUGUAAACAGAGUUUAAUUCCUCAGGGUUUUAAUUUAGGCUAGUAUUUUUUUAGAUGACUCAUUUUAGGUGACUUAAUGGUACUUUACUAAGUGUUCAGAGAUCUAGUUGUUUGAAUAUAAGUUGUAAGUGGGCACAUGCCUAAGGAUAUUUUUAUUUUAAUGACGAUAACAUGAAACAAGAUAAAAUUCAAUCCACUAAAUCUUUUAUGUAGUCUAACUUUAAAAGCAAGUGCAGGCCCGGGGAUUUAGCUCAGUGGUUUCGACGCCUGCUGUGCAAGGGCAAGGACCCGAGUUUGAUCCCCAGUACCAAAAAAAAAAAAGCAAGUGCAACAAUGUUAGACGGACUUCUACGCAUUCUCUGUUACCCUGGUAAUAUUAAAUUAGAGCUGAUUUGUGUUUUAUAACGGUUAUGGUUUACAGGCUUAUUUUUUAAAUACUAUACGUGCACACAUAUUUAUCAUUAUAUUGAAAUAAAUUCUAUCAUUUUAAAUUA